AUGGUGGUACCUGUGACUAGCUGCAAGUGUUCGCCAACAAUAGAUCUAAGGCCAAAUUGUAUAUUGGUUUUGCAGAAAAGGCUGUUCGUCCCGGUCGCUACUUCACUGCUCAGUAAAGACACUGGCAUUGGCGUCGGCUCUAGGAGUGGUACUCUCGCCUCGACUACAGAACCUAGUCCCUCCGACGACUCGCGCACUGAGGGCUCCGAGAGACUGGGCUCUCGUGCAAACUACGGUCCUCUACACGAGGCCUCUGCCUCGCCAGCUUCUUCAUCAUCUGCCUCGCAGCCGGGCGCCGGACAUCUGCCAACCUCUACCAGUUCCCACAACCUCCGCAAAGGUCUGAAAUCACGUCAACGACGCGAAUUGAUACCAUACGACCCGGAAGACCGAGUUGAAGUACGUCUGCUUGUGGUUCAACUCAGCGAGCAGAUCUACCGUGGCCAACUGCUGCUGGCCAAUAGCACCGCCGCUGCCGAGCUCUGCGCCCUCUUGGCCAUCAUUGAAACUGCCACCGCCUGUCUAAAGCAGAUGCAGAUCCCGGAGGCCACAUUGCAACAUGUUGGAGUCCCAGCCGCUGUCUCCGGACAGGGUAUUGCCAACGGAAGCCAGGCCAAGCAAGGGGCGCUUCGCACCUCCGUUCCGAUGGCUGCGGAUGCCGACAUCAAUGCGGAAGCUGGAAUCGACUUUCGGGACAUGGGUGGCAACUGCUGUGGCCACGAGACUGUCGAUUGCCUGACACCCAGCCUGCCAGAGGUGGAAGAGACAGAAGUGACUCAAUCAACAACCUCAUCACUGGCAUCCACAACUGCCCAAUAUCACCGUUUGGCUGCUUUAGCCGCGACCUCUGUAAAUGUUACCUCGGCAAGCACUGAGUCUGGAAUGGCAAGUCGUUUGUCUCGUAUUUUACGGCAUGCUUCGCCUCCACGCCCAGCCACCGAACGGGAGGGAUCAAGGCCAAAAUCAACGGACCAUCAGAUGGAAGAUGAGGCCAGUGGUCAAAGGUCAGGACAAAUAGGAGUCCAUAAGCCACCGUCGGCUGAUCCAGAGGAGAGAUCCGAAGCUGAUCGAAGCACUUGGCGUGCUCGUAAGCCUGGCUCUCGUAGAAAUUUGCGGUGGCCACACCUACUGAGGGGGAAAAGUGAGCACUUUCUCUUAAAUUAUAGCAUUAUUCACCCCAUUUAG